AUGGCCGAGGUCGGAGAGCCCGUUGUGCUUGCUACUCCUUCUGAAACCGUGACUGAUGAAAUCAAGCACGGACUCGCCGUUGCUGCUAAGCCCGCAGAAGUUUUGGAUGCACACGCCACACCAUCUAAAGAAAAGGAGACCUCUGUGAAGGAUGCAGGGGAGCCGGUCGAGGCUGAAGCUACUGGCGAAUCUUCUAUAAACCAUGCCGAUGAGAAAUCACCCGAAGAUGCGCCGACCUCUACCGCGGUCGAUGCCGUUGUCAAAACCGAUGACCCUACCGUAGAAGAAGCUCCCACCGUUGAGGAUGCGAAGGACAAGGCUGUAGAGGAAUCUGUCACAGCUUUGGAGGAUACUACUGGAGAGAAAAAGACGGAAAAGGCUGCAGGCGAGACCAUUGUCGAUGACACUACUUCCUCCGAAAAGCCGGACGAGAAGGAAGUGGAGAAGACUGAAGAGACUGCUAUUGAUGCUCCUCUCGAAAACGACAAGUCUGCAGAGGCAGAGCCUCAUGCUCCUCCGGAAGUUGCUCCCGUGGCGGAGGAGACCACAGAGACCCCUGCCAAAGAGGUAGACGACGCCGCACCAGUUGUAGCCACGGAGGAAGACGCUGCAACCGGAGCAAAACCUGCCGAUGUUGGGUCCGAAGCUGUUGAAGAACCGCCAGCGGCUCACGAAGAGAAGGUUGUUGACUCCGCUGCAGAAGACACACCGGCAGCUGACGUUGCUACUGAGGUAGAGUCCUCUUCGGCAACAGCCGACGUCGAGACUAAGACUAGCCCUGUCAUCGAAGCGACUGAGCCUGCAGCAGAAGAGUCACUGCCUGAACCAACAGCCGCAACCGUGGAACCCACAGAGCAUGCUACCGAGGCCCAGCCAGAGACGACUGAAACCGAGAUUCCCACUGCUCCAGAAAACACUUCAGACCCUGUUGUCGAGCCAGAGGCCCCAGUAGAAGAGGCGAAGGAGGACGCCACGGAAGUCGCGGAAGAGUCUGAGUUGACAACAACCGCGGAAGCUUCAGAGCAAGCUGCAGAACCUCACACUGUAACGACAGAAGCUGAACCGGCUGCUAAAACAGUUCCCGAACCCGAAUUUCAGACCGAAAAAGAGGCUGAGACGGAUUCUGUUGAAGCCGAGCAGGUCCCUGCAGCAACGACGACAGCUGAAGCUGUGGAGGACACAAAGCCUCAAACUGAAGCGACAGAAGCCGAAGUCCCUGUUGCUCUGGAAUCAGCUCCCGAAUCCGCUCCUGAACCGGAGACAGCAGCAAAGGAGGAGGUCGAAGCUCCUGCUCAUGAACCUGCCGAUGAAGUCAAGGAAGACACGACGGAAAAGGCAGUUGAAGAGAAGCCAGCUGAGACUGAAGUCUCGGAAGUUGUGGAGUCGGUGAAGGAAUCUGCUACGGAAGGACAGCCCGAGGAGGCUGAGCCCGAACCUAGAGAAACUUUUCCUCAUGAACCUGCCGCAGCCGAAAUGAAGGACACUUCUGUGGUUGAGCAGCCCAAGGAAAUCGAAGCUGAACCCGUGGAAGUGGCUGCUGAUGUUGUAGAGCCGACUGUUACCGCUACUGAGGUCCCGGAAGCCGUACCCGCGGAGACUACUGUAGAGACUGCGGCCAAAGAAGCCGAGGCUGUUCCAGCAUCAGGAUCAGAUGUCAAGAUCGUGCCUCCAGCGGAGGAAGAAACUACAGUUGCACCGGCGGAGACUGAGCCGGCGGCUGUAACUACGGAGACAAAGACUCCCGAGGCAGUCGAAGAGCCAGCCUCUGCUCCUGCUGAAGCUCCAGAAGUGUCUACCCCUGAAACCCCGGAGGUCGCCGAAGAAACUGCCCCGGAGUCUUCCCAGGUCGAAGAUGGAACAGCCACGGAGUCGCCGAUCGCAGUCGAAGAAGCCGUUGAAGAGAAGGAAGCAGUCGCGGAAUCUGCUGUAACUGAACCAGAAACCGUUGCUACUACAACAGAAGACACCACUGAAGCGACAACCUCGAACGAAGAACCCUCUAAGGAGAUUAACACUCAUGAGGAACCUGCUGAGGCCCAGCCUGAAGCAGUGACUGCUUCUCCAGAAGUUGCCGAGUCUACUUCAGUCGAGUCAUCAGCGGAGAAAGUCGAAGAGGCUCAUGAGCUGGCAGAUACUACUCCCGCUAUUGCUGAACCGGAACAAGUAGCGGCUGAGGAAUCGACUCCUGAGCCAGUUCAGGCCGCUGAAGAAAAGACAGAUGAGGAGACGGUUGCUGCUGAAGCUCCCAUCGAGUCAACCGAACCUGAGACCGCCGCGAUUGAUGAGCAGCCUGUUGCCGCCGUUGAACAAAUCGACGAUGUAGCAAAGUCCGAAGAGCCGGUGGAGACUGAAACUGCUGAUUCAAUCGAAGCGACUGAGGAGCCUGCUGCUGCUCCUGCGGAAUCCGAAUCUACUCCUGUAUCUGUUCCCGAGCCUGCUGUUGAAUCAGUUGAAGAGCUUACCACAGAGCCCGUUGCUGAGUCUAUCACAGAGACAACUCCAGAAACUGCCACUGAAUCUGCUCCCGUAUCAGUUACUGAACCUACUGCAGAAGCCGCUGUGGAAACAGCCGCAGAGCCUACCGCUGAAGCUGCUGCAGAUGUUGCAGAACCUGCUACGGAAGUAGUUGAGCCGGUCACAGAGUCUACCACAGAGCCUGUCGCUGAAGCUGCUCCCGGACCGGUUGCUGAACCUACUGCAGAAGCUGCUGUGGAAACUGCUGCAGAGCCCACCGCAGAGUCUGCCGUCGAAGAGGUUGCUGAUAUCACAGAACCAGCCGUGGAUAUCGUUGAGCCGAGUGCAGAACCUACCACAGAGCCUGUCGCUGAAACUGCUCCCCUGCCAGUUGCUGAACCUAUUGCAGAAGCCGCUGUGGAAACUGUCGCAGAACCUGCUGUUGAGCCUGCUGUAACCGAGGAGGAUACAGAAUUUCCCCAUACCGAGGCUGGUGCAGAGCCCGAUGUGGCUCCUUCUGUCGAGGAGAACGCAGCUGUGGAGACUCAUGUGGCUACCGAAACUGCUGUUGAGGAUGUCCCAUUGGCAGCAGGAAAAGAAGUACCUCUUGCUACGGAGGAAGUUUCCGCUUCAGAGCCUGCCCAAGAGACACCCGCGGAGCCGGAGGCUGUUGAAGAGGCCUCUGUUCCCGCUGUCACCGACUCGCAACCAGCUACGGAGUCUUGGGAGGUUAAACCAAUCGAGGAGACCGCGUCGAGUACCGCCAAGGAAGACCUCCCGGAAGAACCGGUCAUAGCUGCAGAACCCGAAGUAACCUCACCAGGAGCAGUAGAGGAGCCGGUUGUCGCAACUGAGGCAGAUCCCGUAGCUGAGGAGCCUGUCACUGAGAGUGUCAAAGAAGAGGUUGCUGAAGCAGUUGCAGAGCCCGCCGUUAACGCUGUAGACGAAGGCAGGGAAGAAACUGCCGAGGCUGCUGAAACUGCAGUUGACAAUGCAACAGAAGAAAAGAGCGCUGAGGCCCAGGAAGAGUCAAACAUCGAGGAGCCUGCUACUCUCACUUCCAACGAAGCGGCAGCUUCCACCGCACCCGAGGAGCUUGUCGAAGCUGUUGAAGAAACACCAGCUGAGGUUGUUAGCAAAGCUCCUGUUGAGGCUGUAAAUGAAACUUCGGUAGAACCUGCUGAAGAACAAGCUGCCAUUGCCGCUGAAGAAACACUUGCUGAUCCUGUCGAAAAGGAAGUUGUGGAAGUGGUUGAGGAAGCGCCGGUUGAGCUGGAUUCUACAGAAGCUGCCGAAGAAGUCUCUCAGGAUGUUGAAGAAACCCCCACAGAACUUGCCGCAGAGGAGCCUUCUCAAGUUGAAGAGGAAGUUCCUGUUGAAACUGUGACUGAAACCACUGCGGAGCCAGUAGUUGAAGAGGUUGCUGAAGUGCCUGAGGAAGUCCCCGUUGAAGCGACACCUGCAGAACCUGCCGAAGAAACUCCAGCUGAAGCUACAGCUGAAACUACAGCUGAAACCUCUGCGGAGCCUGCCGUCGAAGAGGCUGCUCAUCUCGUUGAAGAAGCCCCGGUUGAUGCUAUUCAAGAAUCUCCUGCCGAGGAUGCUACAGAGCCUGUGGAAGAUGUUCCAGUGAAGACAACCGUUGAAACUCCCGCCGAGACCACCGAGGAGCCUACUGAACGUGCUCAAGAGAUUCCCACUGGACUAGUUGCUGAAACCUUAGUAGAGCCUGUCGAAGAAGAGGCUGCUGCAGGUGUUGAGAAGACCCCAGAAGAAGUUGUCCCUGAGACCCCUGCAGCACCUGCCGAUGUUACUGAGGUCGUGGAAGAAUCUCCUGCAGAACCUGCUACCGAAGGGACUACCGGAACCGUCGAAGAAACUCCGGUUGAGCCUGUUGAAGAAGAGGCGCCUAAGAGUGUCGAAGAAGCACCGGUUGAGGUUGUAGCUGACACCACCACAGCGCCAGCUGAAUCUUCAGCUCCCAAGGUUCCAGAGGUUUCAGAAGCCAAUACUGCUGAAAUCAAUGAGCCGACUGAAAGUGUUGAGGACACUCAAGAACCAGCUGCUGAAGCUUUGGAUGCUACGGAAGAGCAGCCUGCCAAGUCUGCAGAUGUGCCUGUUGAGGAAUCGGUCGAAGUUUCAGCACCGCCUGGAGCUAACGAAGAAUCCCUCCCUGAAGAGACACCUGCUGAGGCAGCUGUAGAAGUACCUGAGCCACUCGAGACUUCUAGAACGAUCAUUGACGAGGAUGAGAAGCCACAAGAGGAGGCCACCCGAAGCGCAGAUGCGGUUGAGGAGACUUCCAAGAUCACGGAGGAUUCGCAGGGCGCGAAUGAAGUCAUAGCUGCUGAAACUGAAAAGGAUAACCACGCAGUAACUGAGGCAGCGGUUGCGGCGGGCACCGCAGCAGUAGCUGGCCUCGUUGCUGUUGCAGCCGCUUCAGCCGCUUCAGAAGAAACCUCAAAUCACGAACCUGUGGAAACCAAGGAUAUCCCUAUCGAGAUUGUCAAGGAAGCUGCUCCCACUGAGGAAGUUCCGAUACCCGAAAUCGUUGAAAAUACUCUAGCUGAACCCUCUAAGCUGCCUAAAGACGCCACCGAAUCAACCACAAAGGACAUUCCUGUCGUUAAUGGCCUAAAGUCAAGCGAGGGUCGCCCAGUCGAGGCGUCCACCGCCAAGGAGGUCGAGACAGAAGCAGCAAUUCCAGUCGAAGAGGUCGCCCCAGUUUCUGAAAAGGUUCCCGAAACCGAACCCAUGUCUAAGGAUAUUGGCGUCAGUGUUGGAGAGAUUGCCGGUAUUGUCGGUGGUGCUAGUGUUGUCGCUGCGGCGGCAGCAGCAGCUGGUCAUGCACUUACCUCAUCGCAAAAAGAUUCGCAACCUAAGAAUGUUGCUAUUCACGCAGAUAAAGAGCACCAACCAGCACCUGUCCAUGUCGUUGAGCCUUCAACCGAUGGCUUGAAGCCUGGAGAAGGACCUCAGGAAAUCGUUGCACCUCCUACUCCAGAGCCCGAGGCCGACGCAGCGCUUCGGAUGCUUGCCAAGGAUCGCGAGACACUUCUUAAUCAGCUUGGAGGUUCAGUCUCUGCAUUGAACCUUCUGAACGGAGACAAAAAGCCCGCCGAUCUAAGUGCUCGUGUCCAGUCUUACUGUGAAGAAGACGAACACUAUACUGCUGCCAACCGCUCGGCACCGAACGCUGAGGGCGCUGAAAACAAUGAUGUCUCAAAGAUAACUUCAGGAGAGACUGCCGACACUGAACCGGCCGCUAAGAAGCCAGACGAUGAGACACGAUCUACAGGUAAUCAAUCAACAACAGCUCUGUCCAUGAAGUCUAGCAAUUGGUUCACGGCCCUAUUCCGUACUAUCUGGGCGACGAUUCUUGGUGGAAUUUUCAGUGGAUUCCGGCGAAAGAAGGAUUCCAACUAAGAAGGGAAUUCUAUCCCUUGAACAUUUAGAGAACAUGGGCAAAUUUUGGACAUCCCCAUACGCACAUGAGCACCGUCAGUCAUAAAGGAAUGCAUGACAUUCUCGGACUUUGCAUGUGGUAUAUAUGAGAGAUGCUUUCGUUUGCACCGAGACUGUAUAUUUUGAUACCCUAACCAGGCCUGACCUCGUCCAGUAUCCCGGAAUUGGUGGAUAUACCCCCGAGCCCUGUUUUUGACAUAUGGAUGUGUGGACACUGGAAAGUAAACGUUCGGCUUGUGUUUACAGGUGGACAUUGAGACAGUUGUCUCUAUUGAUGUGUUUUCUUUAUCUUUGUUAUUACGAGUUUCUUCUGUUAUUUUGAUGACUAUGCUGUGAUGCAGCUUGAGUGUAUGUACUUAUAAGCGAUCUGGCUACUCAAUGUGUAAUGAGCGAAUGAUUUUUAUGAAUAUACAUAUAUUUUCA